UGAAAAUGGUGUCAUACAGAGUUAAGAGUGGUUUGUUUGUGGGCUUUGGAUCAGCCUUAGUGGUUCUUGGUGCUAUAGCUGUUGUGUACUGGCCAUCACUAUUCAUAGCACAGCUACAGAGGAUGAUGACUCUAACAAAUGAGUCGAUGACCUUCGACAUAUGGCGGGAGACGCCUAUCCCCAUGUACCUGGAGUGCCACCUGUUCAACAUCACCAAUGUAGACGAGAUCCUAGCCGGGAACAAUGUCAAACUUCGAGUGGCUGAGAUGGGGCCGUAUGUCUUCCGGGAGUUCCACAGCAAGGUGAACCUGACAUGGAACGAUCAAAACAGCACAAUAACGUAUUUCAAUGAGCGCUGGUGGCAUUUCCAGGAGGAAAUGUCUAACGGUAGCCUGUCAGAUCUAGUCACUUCCAUUAACCCUAUUGUUGUGACCGUAGCCUACAUGGCUCGUAACGACAACCUGGCGUUUCGUCUGGGCACGGACAUAUUCCUUCGUCUGUUCCACUCGAACAUGUUCCUCACCGCCAACGUCUCCUCCUGGCUGUUCGACGGCAUCGAGGAUCCGGCCCUGGACGCCGCGAUGGACCUACCAUUCGUAGCUGACAGGAUUCCUUACGACAAAUUCGGCUGGUUCUAUGAGCGCAACGGUUCAAUCACGUUCGACGGCGCGUUCAACAUGAACACCGGCGCAGCUGACUUCUCCAACCUGGGCAACAUAGAGAACUGGCAGUACUCCAACCGCACGGUGUUCCGCGAUGAGUGUGGCGAGGUGCGGGGCUCCUCUGGCGAGCUCUGGGCGCCCGAGUACGGCCAGGAGGAGCUCGUUCUAUUCGCCAAUGAUAUUUGCACAUACAUGGUGCUUAGCAAAAACGCGAGCGUGACAAUUAGUGGCGUGGACGGUGUGAUGUACGCUGCCAACGACUCCGUUUUCGAUAACGGACAUAACUAUCCGCACAUGGAGUGCUACUGCGACAAUGUGCGUGACAACAACUGCCUGCCCCCGGGUUACCUCAACGUGUCGGAGUGUCGGUUCGGAGCCCCGGCCUUCGUGACGCUCCCACAUUUUCUCAACGCCGACCCUUACUACGGCGAGAAGAUUGAGGGGCUCGAUCCUAAACCCGAGAUGAACUUCAGACUAGCGUUGGAGAUGUUCACUGGGAUGCCGUUACAAGUGUUCGCCCAACUUCAAAUCAACAUUCUCGUGCGACAUAUAGGAGGGAUCACGAUCAACAACGGCCUCCCCGACCGCGACACGAUGGUGCCCAUGUUCUGGUUCCGGCAGGAGGUCACUAUAACGCCCGAGUACGUGGCGCUCGCCAAACAGGCUCUGAGGCUCAGAUACUGGGUGCCUUACGGGCUGAUAGCGCUCACUGUUAUCGGCACAGCUCUUCUAGUAACAGGUAUAACUAUACUCGUCAAACGAAUAUUCCAAUCUCCGGAGACCUCCCCCAUCAUGGCGGACUCCUCAGCGGAGAGCGACGCACACUGACACACAAAAAAAUACGUGUGUGGGACACAAUGUGACACACACACCCACACAUAUAUACAGUGUGUAAAUACCUAUAUUCGAGAAACGUGUAGAUCCUUUCAUCCACAAUUUAAGGGGGGAGGGGUUGGCAUAGUUCACCCAUAUGGAGUUAAAUAUUUUUUCACAAACCAUUGUUUUUCCAAUCUUCCAAAUAUAGCUUGUUGGUAACCAACCACACUGUAUUUAAGUGUGUGUGACGCCCACUGACACACACAAAUGUGUGUGUGUGUGUGUAUUGGUGUGGCACUUUUUGACACAUACAAUAAUUAUAUGUGUGUGAUAUUAAAAGUGUGUGAUAUCAUAUCAUAAAAUCGUAUUAUAUAAAUCUUAAAAUCGAUCCAGUAUUUGAGAUUUAUAAUUAUAUUAUUUAUGUAAAAUGAAAUUUUAUUGUAUUUUUAUAUGUGCAAAUACAUAUUGAUGGGACAGUAAAUUUGGUACGAAAAAUAAACUUUUGUUAUAAUAAUUAAAAUUAUAAUUUAUAAGACUUCAUAAUGGAUUAUCGUUAUUUGAUAAUAUUUACUAAUAUAUUAAUAAUUAUUUAUUUCCACGCACUUGUAUUAUGAACAUGUAUGCAUUUAGUAUAACAAUUGAAAUUCGACCUUAUUUUCUAAAAUUUAUGAUAUUUGUCAUAAAUGUUUGCCGGUCAAAUGUUUAUCUAGUUAUAUUAAUUUCUGCCCCUGUAACAAGGCAAGCGCUACGCGGCGUUUAUCGCGCAAAAAACUAUCGCUGUCUCGUUUCACGUCAUAAUAAAAAGCGAAACAGCAAUAGUGUUUCGGGCGAUAAAAGAUGGCGCUGCGCGUGCGUUGCUACGGGGCUGGUAAUUUUUCUUUCUGAACUUAUAAGGCAUUAAAUUUGACCUUUAUAAGAUCAAAUUUGGUCUGUAAUACGAUUUCAGAUAAUUUCGAUUAAACGCUGCUUUCUGAAGCAGGUUUAAAAAGGAGGAAAACUACCUUUAACUUUUCUGAGAUCAUCCCAAUUUGGCAUUAAUUAGUUAAUUCAUGUCUUUUUAAAUACAUAACAUAUUUUAUCAGAUGCAAGAAAACAAUUUGGUAAUUUCAGCAAUUUUACAUUCCCAUACCAGAUUAUUCAAGACAAAGAUUUAUGAGUCUUCCUUAAAAAAUGAAAUGGUAUUUAGUAAAUUUCUAUUAGGUAAUAGUAAGCAAUAUUUUCAAAAUUUUCCUGUGAUAUUCUUAUAAUGUUUAAUGGCAUAGUCAUUGUUUUGCAUACUCGUAACAUUAAAUAUGUACAGCUUUAUGCGUGAUGAUGAUUAUACCAAAAAAAAAAACAUAAAACUUACUUAUAAUCUUUGCUUUCUGUUUCGUUUCUGUCAUAUUGUGCUCUAAAAAUUAAUGGGAAUUACUUUUGUGUAGAUAUAAUAAUUUUUCGCAUUUUCUGGUUAUUAUAAUAUGAGAAUUAAUGUAUAAAAGUUUUAGAAUUUUUUUAUUAUUGAAUGCUAAAUAAUAAUAAAAUAUAUUGUAAAUAAUAUAUUUUUUAUAAAACAUAGCGUAAGUAUUGAUUGUUAAUUUUCAUACGUUUUAUAAUUUUAUAUUCAAUGUAUAAAAUAUUAAAACUAUCAUAUUUUAAGCAAUAUUACACUUUUACUUGAGGCAUAUUUCCCGUGGGAAUUUCGGGAAAUCUUUGUGGACGUCUGAUGCCAAUAUAUUAUAUGCCAUAUUUUAAUAAAUUUUAUAGGUAUUUUUGUAUGCAUCUAUGUUUAAGAUAAACUUUAUCGAUAUGUUUGUUCUUUUAAAUUUUGUUAAAAAAAAUUAUAAGUAUUGAUUUCUAUUUGGAUGAGUUAAUGUAUGUUCUCACUAGUGAUGUUCCGACAAGACCAGACUAGUCAAAAUAACUAAAUAUCCAGAAACUUCCAAGUCGGCUAUUAUAAUUCAUUAUUUGAUAGCUUACAAUGACAGCUGUCAAAGUCAUACGUUUUUGUGUUCCAUCUUUGUCGGUCCUGAGCCCGUUUCAGGUCAUAAUAAAAGCGAAACAGUUUUUACCGGGAUGAAAGGUGCCGUAUGUCCAUCUCCAGACUCUUAAAUUAUAAUGUAUGUGAUAUUUCAAGAAGAUUAAAUUCAGUGGAUAAAAUGGAAGAGGUAACAAACAAACAAACUCACUUUCGUAUUUAUAAUAUUAGUUGAGAUUAAAUUACAUUUGUACCAUGUAGUUGGCACUUCGAAAUGGGACAUUUUCUCUUGCCCGUGGAUUUCGUAAAAGGCGACUAAGGGAAUAAGCAAUAUCAGGUAGUUUAUCAAUAGUCCAAGGAUAGGUUUUCUUGUUUGAAGCUCGGACGCGACCCAGCACCUUAUUUCAGAUAAUAAUACAAAAUGUUACUUUAUAUAUCCCAACAUAUAUAAAAUAAUGCUAACGUAAGUCUGUUUGUUUGUUUGUUACGUCUUCAGGCGUUGUUAACAAUGUUAUUCAACUAUGUUUCAAUAAUGUGUUUCAUUAAGUGUCACGUAAGAAUAACAAUUCUAACGUGUACAUUAUUGUUAUUUGUUGGAAAGUUGUAUAACAAUGUCAGAUUUGUCAGAUAAUGUGUACGCACCUUAAGAAGUUACAAUGUGAACUGACCUUAGAUGGAUGAUUACCGAUUCAGAAAAUAUGAAGCUUAAUAACGUGAAAACGAUAUAAUAUUGAAUGCUAGACUGAUUUUUUAUGUACUAGUUACCAAAGAGGGUAUCACUAAAAUGUUAUUAAAAGUAUUUUAUUGUUUA